AUGUUUUUUAAUUGGCGGGAGAACGGUUUGCAAAAGUUUAAGAAUGAAGUUUUAUGAAUUUUAUGUAGUGUAUUUUAUAUAUAAAUAUAUUACUGUAUUAAUUAUCGAAUAAUGGAAAAUACAAGUACUUUACCCGGUACUAGUCGGAUAACAGUGCAAACACCGUAUAGUACACCUAGAUUAAAAUUUUGUUUAGAACAAUCGUUAACCCCAGAGGAGGAAGGGGACACAACAACAUUAGAUGAAAUAAUAUCUUUAACAUGGAAUAUUUAUGGAGUAUCAGCAUUAUUUGGAUUUCAAUAUGAUGAUAAAACUACUCUCAAAUUAUAUGGAAAACGAUUAAGGGAAGAAAUAGCAACUAAUUUGUCACAAGAAAAUGUUGCAUAUGAUGCACAUUUAUCUAUUAUAGAAAAUACAAUAUCAGAUAUUAUGAAUUUACCUUUGCUAAAGGUUGAAGUUUAUGCAAAAAAACUUGAUCAAGAGAAAAAUAUAGAAAAGUGUAUUUAUAUAGGAUUUUUUCUAUCAUUGAAGACAAAUAAUGAUUUAAAGGCCGGCAAUUCUGUCAAAUUGCCUUUGUUAUUGUGCCGUGGUACUCGUACCUGUAUGAAAGUUGUACAUUCCACUUUUAAUCGUAUGUUUGACUGUCUUAUAAUUGCAUUACCUAUCGAAGAAGACGAUUUGAUGUGGCUACUUCCAAUUAUAAUUUUACCUACUAGCGAAGAAAAUUAUCCGAACAGUACCGAAGAAGUUCGAUUAGAAUAUAUAGUGCCUGGAUUAUCAUCUACAAAUACAAUUACUGCUAAAUUUAGUACCUUAGAUCUAAUAAAUAUUUUAAAUGUUAUAAUGGAAAAUCAAAAUAAUGAAACACAGAUAGUAAUAAACCUGACUAUUGAACACAUACAAAGGUUUCGCAAGUGUCUACAGGUUCAAAUGAAAAAAAUUGCUGGAUUAGAAUUAGGACUAUGCACUUUACAUAGAAUCAGUUUACCUAGAGGAACUUUAAUGAACAACAAGAUGAAGAUAAUGCAUCCAGAAAUUAUGAAGCGUGUUUUAUUAUAUAUGACAGAAAAAUCUUUAGACAUGUUACAUGCAUUAUUUUUAUGAUGAGUUAUAAUGUAUUUGACAUAUGGUUAUAUAGUUUUUUUUUU